CCCAAUCAACUUUAGGUUAUUUGUUGUAACAAAAAUUCAAUGGAUCAAAAUCAACAAGGAGGUCGACCUUCUUCUUCAACCAAAGUGGAAAGAAAGAUUGUUGAGAAAAAUAGGAGAAACCAAAUGAAGAUCCUCUUUUCUAACCUCAACUCUCUUCUCCCUAGCUAUAAUCCAAAGGAAUUAGCAUUACCAUUACCUGAUCAAGUAGAUGAGGCUAUAAACUACAUAAAGAGGCUAGAGACAAAUAUAAAGUUGGCAAAGGAGAAAAAAGAAAGUUUAAUGGGAAACAAGAGAUCACGUGGUGACUGCUCAAGUUCUUCUGGGGCAAAAGGAAUCAUAAAGUUGCCAAAAAUAGAGAUCCAUGAAAUGGGACCCACUCUACAAAUAAUUGUAACAUGUGGGGUUGAUGAACAUUUUAUUUUCUGUGAAAUUAUGAGAAUACUGCAUGAAGAGAACGUUGAGGUUAUUUCUUCAAAUACUUCUUUGACUGGCCAUUCACUUCUUCAUACCGUACAUGCUCAGAUACCACAAUCUUUGUUGCAAUUUGGAGAAACCAAAAUAAGUGAGAGAUUGAAAGCAUUUGUGAACGGAUCUGUGAGUGAUGUGGAAACAGAGCCUCUAUUGUGGGAUCUUGAAAUUGGAAGUGAGAGUUGGGAGCUUCUACAUUCUGUAGUAACCAAGAGUUUACCAAAUCCUUGA